AACGAUGAGAGAGAGGAAGGAUGGAGAGAUGAGACAGGAGGAAGAAGAGGAAAUGCUGGGAGAGCGGAAGGAUGGAGAGAUGAGAGAAGAAGAAAACAAAGCCGAGAAGGUUGAGAGCCAAGUGUUGGGAGAGAGGGAUGGAGACGAAAAGGGGGAGGAAGAAAAACUGGAGGAAAAAGAAAAAGACCUUGAGCCUCAAACUGCCACUCAAGCAUCUAUGAUGUCUGUCGAUGGGGUUGAUGGAGACAAAGCAAGGGAUGAGAAUAAAGAAGAAAGGGAGAGUGAAGUGGGAGAGGGCAAGGAUGGAGUGAGAAAAGAGACAGAAGAAGAAUCAGCAGAGGAGAAGAGAGAAGAUGAGACGAAUGAUGGGAAGGAAAGAGAAGAAGGACAAGAAGAGGCACCUAGAGUGAAGGAAACAACAGAUGGAGAGAUGAGAGAAGGUGUGAGGGAUGAGAGAGAGAAACAGGAUGGAGAACAAGAUCAGAUCGUGGGGGAGGAGAUAUCAGCAAGAACGGAGGGAAAUAAGGGUGGAGAUGAAGAGAGGGAGAGCGAAGGAGAAAGCCAAGGAAAGAUGGAGCAGAAAGAGGGAGCGACAGAACCUGAGAAAAGUGCUGAAAGAGAGGAUGCUGCAAAUGAGGAAGUGAAGAACGAAGUGAACAACAAAGCAAAGAACGUAGAGCUCAAUGAGGAUGAAAGAGGGACUAAAGUGGAUGGAGACAGACAGAUGGAGGAAGAGAAAGAGGCAGAAAGGAAGGAGUGGGAAGAGCACGAAAGCCAAACAUCGCAGUUAGAGACAGUCAGUACGGAGCUUGAGAAAAGUGUGGAAAGGGAGGAUGCAGUGGUCGAGGAGGUGAGGAAUGAGGUGACGAGCACUGAGGAGAGAGGCGAGAGAGAAAUGGAUGAAGACAAACAGGUGGAGGAAGUUGAGGAGGCAGGCGGAGAGGAGGAAAAAGAAGAUGAAGAUGGAACGAAGGAGAGUGAACAAGAAAGCCAAGCAAAGUCAGAAUCAGUGGCGAAUGGGGCAGCAGAGGAACAAGAAGUGGACAAAGUAAAGGCCGUUGAGAUUAGCGAUGAAGAUGCAGUAGAAGAAAGAGAGCAAAACGACAAACUAAGACAAACUGAGGAAGAAAAGAAAGAAGAGAUAAACACCUGUGGCCUCUCCCACACUGUCCAAGAGUCAAAAGACACUGUCCCAGACACUUUUGCUGAGGAACGAGAAACAAAUACUAAAGAUACCGAUGAGGAAUUCGCCUCAGCUGGAAAUUCUAUCCAAAAUGAGGAUGCAGAUGGCUUGACCACUGAGGCUGACUCAGAUCCAGCUGUUUCAGACCACCUGACUGCAGCUUUUGCGGAAAACAUGGUUGUAAACAUUGUGGAAUCCCUUGCUACUUUAAAUGACCCAUCAAUUACUGUUUCUGAUGACAAACGUCCAGACUUAGAGGAUCUUCUAUGCAGCUCCACUGUGGACGAGGCCCAUGAGGCGGUCUCUGAAACUGAGGAGGCACGUGAAGAAGUGAAAGAGAAAGAAAGCGAAUCAGCAGAGGAAGAGAAUGAAAUGGAUGAGACGGAUUGUGGAUCACCAGAAUGGCACACUGCUGAGCUCAAAACCCGUCCCAUUUACGCAGAGAUGAUUGAACAGCUGGACCGCGAGGAUGUCAGUGAUGAACCUCAGGACACAGAUUUUAUCACAAGCACCGAUUCAAACCAGCUCACUUUGAGUUCAGAACCGGACCCAGUCCAAGAUAUGAGCGACGUUGAGGACGGACAAGAAGCGUUUUCCCUGUCAGCCAAAGAUCAAGCCAGUUAUGAAGAGGCCCGGGAACCUGAGUUUGACUCAGACAGUGUGGAGGAAGCAACUGAACAAGCAUUUCUUCCAGCCAGUGAUAUUAACACUAAAGUGAUGGACACAGUAACUAUCACAGACACAGCCAGUAAAGACAAAGCCAAAGAGGAGGACAGGGCACUGGUUCAUAUAGAUUUAGACCAAUGAAGAGGGAAAUGAGGAGCUACAUACUGUAUAUGACAUGGACUGUUUUAGGGUUAAUGAUGUAAUGAAUGACAUAUUUUAAAAGAGGAGCUCAGCAAAAGAUUGAAUGUUCCAGAAAAGGCUGAUCAAACAGUUUUUACAAGUUGUGUGUUUUGUACUCAAACUACGAGGCAAAUGUAGACCUGGCUAACAAGCAGAGGUGGGUACAGUAGCCUAUUUCAGAACUCAGGUAAAAGUAUUUUAAAACAUGGCACAAGUAAAAGUACCUUGACAGAAAACAACUGAAGCACAAAAGUAUCAGGUCAAAAAAUCAACUUAAGUAGUAACUCAUAGAAGUGCAGUGGAACUAAUUACUAAAUCCAGCAUUUACCAGCACGACUGAAGUUUGUACAGCUCGAUUCUACUCUUUUUCUUAUUCGUACGGCCUAAAAUAAAAUGCUAAAGCUCCAAAGUCAGAGCUGUGACUAAUCACAAGCAGUACAGAUGCCGUUACCAAUAAAACAUCAUGAAAUUAAACCCAAAAAAGUAACUAGUGACUAAAUAUAAAUGGCAAAAACAUAGAAAAGUAGAUUCCUUUACUCACUGAUAUACUCGAGUACAAGUGUUGUGGCUUAAAAAUACUCAAGAGUACAAAUCCAUUAAUGUUUUACUUAAGCACCGGUACUCGAGUCAGUGUACACACUUAAAGAAGAUGGUUCUUCAAGGGUUCUUUAAUAAAGAAAUUGGUUCUACAUAGAACCAAGUACACUCAAAAUACCCUUUGCAUGAUUAAAGGGGUCUUUGCAUUGGGAAAUAUUUCUAUAGAUUGAUUCUAUAUAGCAUUAAAAAGGGUUCUUCUAUUGUCAAGCUUGUAACAAAAGAACCCUUUUUGGUGUUAUAACCCUUUUCAAAAAGGUUCUAUAUAGAACCAUCUACAGAACAUUCUCCAUCAAUCUGAAAAAUGCUUUCAU